AACGAGAGUGACGGUGAUGGGACGUGCGGUGGGGCCAGUGCCCUUCACACGGAUCUCUCCAGACUUGUGACCUGGGCACACACUCAUGGGACCAUAUGCAACCAGAUCCCAGCCGUGGAAUUCAUGCAGACCACAGGUGACCCGAGCAGGGACAGCGUGGUGCUGUGGAUGUGUGGAGUGGGACAUGCCUACCACUGGCAGUGUGGGAAGCUCCAGGAUGGAGGCAGAACAGGGCCUAAGGCCACCGAAAGGAGGAGGAGGCUCUUGGCUUUUGAGGCUUCAGCAGAAGAAGCUAACUUUGAGGAAAAGAGGCUCAGGCUGACUCCAUCAGCCUUUGAGAGGGGUCAGGCAGAUGCUGCGAGCAUGGGCUCAUGUGGCAGAUGCCCAAGGGUCACACAGCAGAACACAUGGCAUAACGAGUCACCACCCAGAGGCAGUCAAAACACCAGGGAACCCACGACAUACUUCUCUGCAGCAGAGCAGCACUUACCAGGGUUUGGUGCUGGCAAACAGAUGAAGCUCAAAGCUGAAAAAAUCUUGCAGAGCUCUGAUGAAACAGCAAAUAAAGACAACCAAGGAGACAGAGUCAAGCAGAAUAUUGUGUCAGAACCACCUGCUGAGAAGAUGGCAUUUCACCAGCUGACAGCCUCCCAAAGAGCUGGCUUUCCCCCCACGACAAGGCCACCCCUGACCCUUACCUGCUUUCUGCAGUUCCCUGUCAGCACCCAGGAGAGCCUAAGCAGCAACCUCCCGAGACUGGGUCCUUUCACUGCCACAGGGCCCACAGACCACACUCCCAGAGCGAGGAACCCCUCGGGGUCGGCAGCACCGAGGGAAUGUUUCAAACCCCUUCCUGUCCCCAGCACUGAAGUGCAGGCCCAGCUGGAGUCACAUCCCUCGGCCACAUUCUUUGAGUUCGAAGCCACUGCUGAUGUCCAGCAGCAGCUCCAGCUGAGCCCCCUGGAGUGUGGCAUACUGGGAAUAGGCUCCAGUGAGAAGAACAUGUCUGAGGGGAACGAGUUGCUGGGGUCGGGGCAGGCACCUCGUCCUUCAGCCUCCUGGAGUCCAGAGAAACACCCACCUGCAGCCUCAAGCAGAGAUGUGCAGAAGAAGAAAAAACAUGCCAUUAGCGACAUAAAAAUAUUCAAAGACUGGCUGCUGCUGCACCACCCAGACGAGACGCGCGAGGUCCACGUGCUGCCGCCCGCGGACCUCGACCACUACCUGGUCUCCUUCUUCAACUCCACCAAGAAGCAGGAUGGCACAGACUUUUCUGCCAGUUCCUUCCUCUUCUUUCAGCAAAGCAUCAAGCAGUACCUGAAGGAGCACAACUACCAGUACAACGUGGUGAGUGGGCUGGAGUUCAAGGCCUCACAGGAAGCCUUGAAACAGAAGCAUCAGUACCUGUUCCAAAAGGAGAGGGAGGAAGCAUGGAGUAUUAUGGAGAACCUGACAGAUGAAGAUGUAAGCAACCUUCUUAAGGAGAAAAUUUUAAGCAAGACACACCCUCAGGGCUUUCUGCACCUGAUGUUCACCAACAUCAUUAGGGCUUUUGGGGCAAGCACCCACAGCCAGAGCCAGCACCUGUACUGGGGGCAGCUGGUGCUGAGGAAGAGCAAGGUGGAGUACUUGGAGUGGAAGGAUGAUCUGAGCCCAGCGGGAGACAAAGUGGGGCAGGACCAACAGCUCUUUGCCAAGCCUGAUGAUCCAGAGAAGUGUCCAGUCGCCAGUUACAAGGAGUAUGCCGGGAGGAGGCCACCAGACAUGCUGAAUGCCACGGAUCCCCUUUACCUGACUCCCAAGUCGCUGUACUCCAUGUGGGACCAGGUGUGGUACUGCAGGAAGUCACUGUCAAGAGGCAAAAUGGAAAAGAUGUUGAAAGUUAUUGCCCAGCAAGUCAGAGGAUCCUUAAGAAAGCCCAAGAACUAG